AAUCUCUAAAACUGAAAGUCCAAAGACCUAGAAAGGGGGAUGGCCGUUCCCACUCUGCCCACCUUCCUCCUCCCUCUACUCUUCCUCCUUUUAUCCACCACCCUAAGCCCUGUAUCUAGUGCGGGUUGUGACGAGGGAGACAUGAAAGCCCUACUUAAUAUCAAGGAAUCUCUUGGCAACCCUGCUGAUCUUUCUUCCUGGCUCCCCAACACCGAUUGCUGCAACUGGAGCAGCAUCGGUUGCAGCGAGAACGGCAGGGUCUACAUCUUCUACCUAUACGCCCUCAACGUGUCCAGCCAAAUCCCCUCGGCCAUUGGUGAGCUCUCGGCGCUCGAGUCCCUAACCUUGGAUACGAUGCCGGGCCUCACCGGCCCAAUCCCUCCCUCCUUCGCCAAGCUCUCCAGACUCUUUCUCCUUCAGAUCAGCGACACCUCUAUCUCCGGCCCCGUCCCCACCUUCCUCUUCAGAACCAAUCUCAGCGCCCUCACCCUCUCCAACAACAAGCUCUCCGGGCCCAUUCCACCCGCCCUCAGUAGCCUUUCAUAUCUCCGCUACUUGGAUCUCAGCGGUAAUAGCCUCACCGGCACCAUACCACCAGGGCUGCUACAUGGAGAGUACCGCUUCUUCAUUCUGUCCCACAACAAGCUGACGGGAGAGAUUCCACAGUCCUACGGCGACGGCGACGUCGACACCAUCGAUCUCGGCCAUAACCAGCUGACCGGCGACCCGUCGUUUUUGUUUAGCUCGGUGAAACCCAUGACCAAGAUCGACCUGUCGUGGAACGAGCUAGAGUUCGACAUGACCCAUGUCAUGUUCCCCCACCAUCUAACGUACCUGGACCUGAGCCACAACCGGAUCAGGGGAAGAGUCUCCAAGUCGUUCAUGGACCUGAACGAACUGACGUACUUGAACCUGACCUACAACCGGCUGUGUGGAGAGAUUCCGACCGGGAGGGCCAUGGUGCGGCACGGCGCCGAGUGCUACCUCCAUAACAAGUGCCUCUGCGGGACCCCCCUCCCGCCGUGCCGCAACGCGACAAUGAGCUGAGCGCAGCCAUGCAGUCAAUGUCUUAGUGAACGGGUCCUCCGUCCUUUGUCUUCUUUCCUGUGUGUGCAGCUGCGUGUUUUUAUAUCUGUGUUCUGCAGCCACGCCUGAAAUAGAAUACAUAUCAGAGUUGAAGUA